CACUCAUUCGCACUACAGUGGUAGUUUAUACCUUACUUCUGACCUGGCUGCCCAAACACAGUAAGUUUGCGUUGUAAUAGCCAACUCGGAGACAACACCACCACGAUGUGCCGCAGUGCACUUUUCUUUGCUUUCUCGCUUUUUACAGUUUUGCAAGUGCACUGUGCAGUUGACGGAAGUUGGGGUGCCUGGUCGGAAUGGAGUAGUUGGGCACGAGGUCUUUGCUCGGGAAACCAAAGGGUCAAGACAAGACCGUGCACAAACCCCGUUCCAAGCUCGGACGGACAGUAUUGUGUAGGAGAUAAUGCGAUUAAUGAGCCCGGGUCAGUUGAUGGAGGCUGGGGAGAUUGGUCGCAGUGGAGCACUUGUACGAAGCCGUGCGGUGGUUCAGUUGUGAACCGUACCAGGGCCUGCAAUAACCCAACGCCGGCAUAUGGCGGAAAGAACUGCUCUGGGUCUGGUUUGCAGCAUAAACUGGAGUGUUUGGCUGCAUGUCCAGACGGUAGAGUCGAUGGUGGAUAUGGAGAAUGGGGCUACUGGUCUGCAUGUCCCAGCCAAUGCAGCACAAAUGGUGGCGCUAGAGUGAGGCGAAGCAGGCGAUGCGAUACGCCAACUCCAAUGAAUGGAGGUUCACCUUGCAAAGGUCCUGCUACUGAGGAGAUUCUGUCGUGUUUCAACAAAUGCCCAAUAAACGGUGGAUUUAGCCAAUGGUCUUUAUGGAGCGAAUGCUCGACGAAAUGUGGCACAGGGGUACAAACGAAAGGGAGACUCUGCAACAACCCAGAGCCAAAGGGUGUUGGUGCUAAAAAUUGUGUUGGACAGCUGACAGAAACAAAGUCUUGUAGACUAGCAAUAUGCCAAGGUGCUGUGAACGGAAGCUGGUCAGAUUGGUCGCAAUUUGGUGCCUGCUCAUCUCAAUAUUGCAUGAAAGGAGAAAAAUUACGAACUCGAACAUGCACCAACCCAUCACCCGCAAACGGAGGAGAUCUUUGUCCUGGAUCAGCAAAAGACACUCGUAUUUGCCCAUACACAAACUGCCUAGAUUUCAAUCCUACCCCUGUACCGAGUGUCCCGGUUUCUCCUGGCUCCUUUAUGGCCCGAGAAUGCGGAGCUACAGAAAAAUACACAGCCAAUGGUAUUCACAAAUCCAAAGUGCCCGGUGCGGUGUACAAUCAUCUAAGCUUUAAAAAGAACAACUUCAUGUCUGGUUACUUUGCCAUGCAGAGCGAAGAGAAAGGCAAGAUUAUCAAGUAUUGCUUCGACCCAAUCCCUGCUGUGACAAUCAAAGAGGUUGCUGAUAACUUGGUAACUUCAUACCGAGGAACGAAGGCAAUUCUUGGCUACACGAAACCGGACGAACAGCAACCUAUUCUCGGCUUCUCAAUCCGUGUCAGAAAUGAAUCUGGUUAUCCAGUGAAAGGGUACGAAUUCGGGCUUCAGCAAAUGGAAGAAUUCAGUCCGGGACAUCGAAUGUCAAUCAAAGACGUGCUAAUAACGUAUUACACAGAAGGCACAUACAGGAGUUAUCUUGCCAAAGGCAAACUGGAAAAGUUCAAGCCAUCCAUCUAUGACGUCAUCGUGUACAGAAACUCCACUUAUCACUCAUCAACAUCACCGCUUCCGCCAGGUGGACUAACAUCCAUGACUGGGAAAACGAAGGGUUUGACAUUCCAAGGAAUAUUUCAUGGCAUGGGAUUCAGAAACCUCCCCAGCUUUAUGAUUAAAGCUCUCCAAGCAAUGAAGGUCUGGGAUCUAACCUUCGAAACAAGCACCAUUGGGUACGAUUUCUUUCAGGGCUGGCAAUCAAGUCUUGCCCCAUUCAGACUGACUGCAACAAAAUUCAUUGGUGGUAUACCAAUACAUUUCGAAGUGAUUGCUGCAUUUUCUUUUGCGCAGUGGCUCUUUGCAGUCGGUGUUGUAUUUGAUGGAGAGUCAUUUGGUGCUGCUAUGGGCAAAAUAUCUGGCUCUAGGAACGAAGAUGGUGGAUUUUUCGAUAGCAUCGGCAUACAAGUUGAACUGGGCCUUGUUGUUAACCCAACUUCAGACUUCAGAUUGAUCAAGACUUCGACUGCAUUCACAAAACAACCUUUGCACGAACUUGGAAAGAGGCUAAUCAAAGAGGGAUUCCAAGCAGCUGCUCAGGUGAGGCUGCCAUCAGAUUGUGGUGGAAGCUCCUUCUGUGAAGUCUGCAAACGUAUUUUGGGUCCAAAAGUCACAUUUAGAAUCGCAGCUCAUCUCAAAACAGGUGGCUACUUAAAAGUAUCUGCCGGAUUCUAUAAGAUAAAGUUGGCUGAAAACUACUGGUUCUGGAAAGCUGAGCUAUUUUUCGAGAAAAACAUGACAAAGAAAGAGACCAAACUUGGAUUUGCUUUCGAGAUCAAGAUACCAAUAAACCAAGGAGAGAUUAUUGUUGAUGGAAUUGCUGUUGAGAAUGAAUUGCGUCUUGGUGGACAGGUGAAGCACACACUCGGCAAAAGUGAUAUUGAGGGGCAAUUGUUUAUGCGAGGCAUGUGGAGGAAUGCAUUUGGUUCGGACUGGUUUGCGAUUGGAAAUAUCAACAUAGGGUUAACAAUUACAGUUGGUAGUCCAACUGGUAUCACCGGCUUUCAGUUUGGGGGUCAACUGGAAUUUGGCAAAAAUUGCUUGUAUGACGCCGACUUCGAGAACGACGGACACUGUUUGAUGAUACGUAUAUACUUUGGCUGGGGAAAGCCUUCCUAUUUCUUUGGAGAGAUUUCUGCACUAACAAUCGGAAAACUGAUUCGAAUGUUUGGAGGCAAAACGUCAAGCGUUCCUGAAAAAGUUGCUGCAAGUGGCUUCCCUAAGGGUGCUCUAGUUUCAUACUCACCCCAGAAAGAAAUAGAUCUAACUAUGGCAGGUGGACCAUAUGUGUACAAGGGAACAAGAGUAAAAGGAACUCUUAACUUUGCUGGAUAUGAAAUUAAGGUCGAAGUGAGAGUUAGUGAAGACGAAGUCUAUUUUGAAGGGGAGAUUGAUCCAAUUAAUCUUGGUGGGGUCUUGAUGAUCACAAGGAAUGCAACCCACUCCAACUUAGGCCCAAAAGCCCUAUUCCAUUAUCGAAAGAAGAUGGCGAAGCUAAUCCCUCUGCCUUACUUCAAGUUUUUCUUCGAGGGAUAUGGAAAGUUUUUUGGCAUAGAGGCGUAUGCAUUCAUAAAUAUAACGAUGCAAGGGUUCGAAAUCUACGUGUAUGGAAAGGCUUGGAACCUCAUUUAUGCCGAACUUUAUAUAUCUGCCAGCUACGACAUCUUCGAUAUAACCAAUGCUCACUUUUACGUUAGAGUGAUUGUGGACUUGCGGGGGCUAACAGAUAGCAAAGUAGAAGAGGUAAAGGCAGCGAAACGUCGAUGCCAGGAGGUCAUGCAGCUCAAGUGCCAGAAUUGCUACUCCUUGAAAUGCAAGCAAGCAGAAGAUAAUUGCAAAGGGUUCUUGGAUAAGGCUGGAAAAUGGAUUGGUGGCGUCAUCAAUGCUGCAGGUAAAUGGAUAAAGAAAACCGCGAGGAAGAUAAGAGAUGGCCUUGCCAAGGUUGGAAAGGCAAUCAAGAAAUUCUUCAGUGGGUGGAGAAGACGUCGCUCAAUUAUAAACAGACGAAAUGAGAACUUUGAUUUACAUAUUAGAAAUAGACGUUUUAUCAGCAAGCUUAUAUGCGAGGGACUCGUUGGCGGUGGAUGUAGAGGCAUUGAGCAUUUGUGCUCUGGAACAUGCAAAGCCCUGAAUUUCAUAGGACAAGGGCUAUGCAAAUUCCUCGAUAUCGCAGUUGGGGCACUCAAAGUGGCCGAGGCUGUUGUUGGUUGGGUGAAUGCAGCUAUCCAGUUUGUCAUGCAAAUGUUCCUUAUUCAUGGAAUUCGCUUUGAACUUGGCCUUGGUAAAAGAUUUGGUGGCGGGUUCAUGAUUGCAGCUGAGAUAGAUCUCACCUUGUUCGCACAAAGAAUGCAUUUCGGAUUUGAAUUUGAUCUACAGCAUCCGGCUAGGAGCAUUCUAAGUGCAAAAGAUUCUGGAAUGUACAAAUACAAAAAGGGAUUGAAGCAGCCGAGAACAUCGGUUAUGUACAAUGCUUAUGAUCCACCAAAUCCUUUUACGGAUUUCGAUCUUACAGGUGCUUUCGGAAUCGAGUCAACUCAAUCUGGUGAAGGAUCUAGACUUGGUUCAUGUAUGGCCGUAACAGAUAAAACAUCUGGAAGCAAAAUCGUUUUGAAAGGCUGCAACAGCACAGAUACCAAACAACAGUGGACAUAUACACUCAAAGGAGCAAUAAUUAAUGCUUAUUCCCAACUGUGUUUGGAUCUCAGCUCGACACAGGGAGCUGAUGUUGUCCAGAAGACAUGUAACGACCGAACCGACAACCAGAGAUACGACUGUGACGUGGUCACAAGGACAUUGAAAAGGAGGCGAAGUGACCGAUGUGUAACCGCAGCGAAAAUUUCUCCUUCUGGACCUGGAUCCUUGUCUCAUUUGGGAUCUCUUAAAUGCAUACACGUCAAUCCAACUCAGCGUUUGAUGCUUCGAUCAGCGUGCCAGAGAGCAGACACCGAGUUUGUUCUCAAAAGCAAUGGUCAUCUGGUCGCAACUGGGUCUGGUUAUUGUGUUAGGCCAGUUUAUGGAAAUGCAGUGAAAGGGGCACAGUUGGAAAUGGUGACGUCAGGCUGCCAUGCCUUUGCCUUUACCGAUAAAGGUUCAUUGAAACACAAAGCUAGCAAUCUUUGCAUUCAAACUGCGACAAGGGAAAUGAAACCAGCAGACAACACUGUUUUAGUCCUUGGAACAACUUGUGACUCAUUUAACAGUUCACAGACUCUGCCAGAUGCUGAACUUUCGUUCUCAUUUAUUCCAACAAACAAGCACAUGAAAAUGGAACCAUGUGGCAUCUUUGAUGAUAUGAGGAUCGAGCAAAGAUUCCAAGUCAUGAACGAGGAGCUUGCCAGUGUUUGCUCCAAGUUCUCUCACGAUAUUGCAAUGCACAAGACGGCUGUCCAAUCCAGUACAAAUUACAACGGUUUUGCAAACAGAGCCGUAGAUGGAAACUUCAAAUUCAAAUGGGCUGACAAGUCAUGUACACACACCAACGACGAACAAGACCCAUGGUGGCGAGUUGAUCUCGGUCAAGAGUAUAUUGUUACUGAUAUUACCAUAAUCAACCGGGCUGAGUAUGGCGAUCGCUUCAAGAACAUUCAAGUUCACGUUGGUAAAACUUCACAGAACCACAAAAACCACCCUGUAUGCCACGACAGAGUGAAGCAAGCAUUUGACGGGGAAGCUGUCCGGCUUCAGUGCAACCCACCCAUUCCCGGUCGUUAUGUAUCUGUGCAAAUGUAUGGAAAAGGAAUAUUAUCAAUGUGCGAAGUAAUUGUCAAUUCGAGAUUAGGUGGAAUAUCUGAUUGGUGUCAAAUAGAAAAUGGUGGAUGUGACCAAAUAUGUGUCAAUCAUUGCGACAAGAAAACGACUUGCAAAUGUUUACCUGGAUAUCAACUAGCAUACGAUCAAAAAACAUGCAUAGACGUCAAUGAAUGUCUUUCAAAUAAUGGUGGGUGCAGACGUGACACGAAAGCGUAUUGCUCCAAUUAUCCAGGGGGAUAUUACUGUGGGUGUGAAAAAGGUUAUAUACUCAAAGACAACAGCCUUGCAGAAUGCAUGGAUGUCAACGAAUGUGGUUCAGGAAAUGGUGGUUGCGAGCAGAUGUGUAAUAAUACAGUUGGUAGCUACUUGUGUACAUGUAGAGCUGGUUUCCAGAGAGAUCCAUCAACACCAUAUGGCUGCAUCGACAUAGACGAAUGUGCCACUAACAACAGUGGCUGUGAGCACAACUGCAAUAAUUAUGAUGGUGGAUACUACUGCAGCUGUAGAAGUGGCUAUCGCCUCGGAGAGGACAAUCAGCGUUGUGAAGAGAUUUUCUGUAAAACCAUCGAGGCUCCAGCACGUGGAGUAAUCGCACCUUCAAUCUGCACUGAACGUUAUGGUAACAUUGCAAUUGGAACUAACUGCAAAGUUAACUGUACUCAAGGCUUUGAGAUUGUUGCUACACCUGGACAGCCAAUACAAGACACGACUACCUGUCUAAUAACUGGAACCUGGAAUCGUGCUCCAGCAUCUUGCCAUCCGGUCAAAUGCUCGUCACUAAAAAUGCCAUUGAAUGGUGGCCUUGUUCCAGCAUCUUGUCAUCAAGGACAAAGGGAAUACGGACAACGCUGCGUCUCUUAUUGUAAACAUGGAUACAAGAUCCAGGGACCAACAGUAAGGUAUUGCCAGAGCAACAAGCAGUGGAGUUCAAGUUCCGAAACAUACUGCGUUCCAAUUGUUGCUGUGCCAUACUUGAACUGUCCUGUUGACAUCCAGCUGACGUUGCCAAGCAACAAAGGAUCUAUUAGCCUUGGAUAUAAGUUCCCGGAGCCACAAACCAACAUGAAGAUCAUAAGUGUUAGCCACCCACGCAAUUUUUCAUUCCCGGUCGGUACAACUAUUGUCAAAUUUGCCGCCGAAGAUAUCGAAGGAACACAAAAAUUGUGCAGUGUCCUUGUUGAUGUUCUAGAUAAAACUCCUCCGAAAGUCGUUAGUUGCCCCAGUGAUAUCGUUCAUACCCUGACCACCGCACAAGCCUUGAUAACAUGGACUCCUCCUGUAUUUACUGACAAUGUUGGAAUUGCACGGUUGGAGCUCCCAACUAGAAAACCUGGCGAGUUCUGGAGGCUCGGUGAAUCAACUCUUUUGCAAUACAGAGCAAUAGAUACAUCCGGGAAUGCAGCUAGAUGCACAUUCAGAGUAACAAUUAGGAGUGACAAUUGCGGAAAAUUAUCAGGUGAUGAACAUAUCAGUAUAAGGGAAAGUGUUCCAAAUCGACAGUAUUCCAUGUACUGUACAAACCAACGUAUUCUGUUUGGGCCAUUCGGAUUCUUUGCUCAAGUUGCAUUCUGCCGCCAGUCAAACUAUUAUAUUCAUUUGAAUGGCAAGGAUAUCUUGCUUGGUCUCAGGGCCCCCGAUUGUGUUGAAUACAUGAGGACCACUGCUGCUGGUGCAUGUCCAGCAGGCAAAAUGAAGUUUUCAAUCGUUGAUGACUGGUGGGGAACACAUGAGUACUAUUGCUCAAACUGCCCUGCUGGAACUUACCACAAUGCAACCCUACAGACUUGCGUGGAAUGCCCAAUGAACACUUACCAGAAUGAACAAGGCCGUAGCUCGUGUGAAAUGUGUCCUAAGUUUUCCAACACAGCCGUAACUGGUGCUCGCAACAUAAAUCAUUGCAUUGCUCAAUGCAAGCCUGGCAGCUUCUCCCCAUCUGGCCUGAACGAGACAUCGUCGCCUUGUCAACCGUGCCCCAAGGGAUCAUACAGUGAAUUGGAUGGCAGGACUGAAUGUGAGACUUGUCCAGCUGGAACGACGACGGUCAGCACGGGGUCGCAAAAUAUGGCUCAAUGUGUUUUGCCACCAUCAGUAAACAGCGUCUACCCAUCGGAGAAAGUAACUACCAAAGUAGGCAGUGACGUCACAUUAGAGUGCUACUUCAAAGGCACGCCAUCACCCUCGACCAGGUGGACGAAGCUAAACGGUGCACUUCCUGUUGGUUCCGAUGCCUCAGAAAUACUGAACAUUAACAUGGAAAAAGUUGGAAUGAUGCUAGAGCUGAGCAAAGUAACGGCGGCAGACUCGGGUGUAUACCAGUGCCACGUCCAGAAUGCAAUUGGUUCUCAUUUCAAAUCAUUGUCCCUCACUGUGGCGUAAUGUGCAUUAGGUUUAAUGACUACGAGACUAAAUAUGCUAUUGCCUUAAUAAUGUAUCGAUUUUAAAUGUAUCAAGAAAAGUGAUAUUCAAAGGAGA